AUGGAAUCAAUGCACAUGUAUCAAGAGCCGUAUCAUCAUCAUACCGCGGAUCAAAUGUACUACAGCACCGAUGAACAUCAAUUACAUCAACAACAACAUUACUUACAAAUGCAACAGCAAAAUGAACUAGAACGUAUCCGAUUAGUUCAACAACAAGCUGCCUUUCAACAGCAAAGAGCAUUACUACAUCAACAAAUGAUGUAUUAUGAGCAGCAACAGCAACAGUAUGAUCAUCACCAUCAUCAUCAGCAGCAUCACCACCAGCAACAGCAGCAGUAUGAGCAUGACGCCUUUGAUCUUUUAAAUGGUGCUACUCAUGGUGAAGCACCUUUGUCACCCUCCAGUAGCGGCGGCGGCAGUGGAGGUGGUGGUGGCGAUAAGGCACAACGCCGAGCUGAGCACAAUGCUAUUGAACGUGCACGACGUGAAUCUUUAAACACCAAAUUCCAGCAACUGGCCCAUUCUUUACCCAACUUGCAUAAUGAUCGCCGUCCUUCCAAAGGCACCAUUAUUGAACGUACGCUUGAAUAUGUCAAACUCACGGUAGAGAAAGAAGAAGGCUUGAAAACUGAAAUCGAGCAAUUGCGUUUGGCCAAUGAAAGCUUAAUUUCCAAAAUGACGACGACCCAUGCUGUCAUUGAAGAAGAAGAUGAAGAAGAAGAUGAAGGUGCCACGCCUGAAUGUGAAGACAACUUCAGUAGCCGCUCUUCAGUCACUUCCAAUUCAUCUCAUUAUUAUCCCCAACAAGACUUUCUACAUGCCUUUGAUAAGUUCCAACAAGAUCCUUCCACUUUAGUUGGUUUAAACAAAGGUUAG